GUGAGAAGUUUAGUUGUUCCGUGCACCUGCAAGAGUGACUGCCAGUGUUUUCUGUCAGAGUACGGAUCUCUUUGGUGGAACAAGACAAGAAACUUGGAGCUUUAAGAGCACCUUUGUAACUGGAUGACAGACAACAAUCCAGUGUCUGUGAAUGGAAACUAUGCUGGCUUGAAGGACUACGAACAGAAAGGGAAGUGCCCUGCAAAAGAUCCACGAUGAAGGAAACUCCUUCUCAGGAGUCAAAUUCUAUCCUGGAAGUGAUUUGUGGAGGGAAUUGAUUUGUGUGCUCUCGGCAAACUAAUCAGGACUGAGAACGAACUUUCUGCAUCAUCUCUUCCUCAGUCAGAGCAUGUCCCUUGCAUCCAAGAUGAACAGAUUGUUGCCCCAGCUAAACUCCUCGGGGAGCAGCGAAAGCAACAGUUGGCAACUGGUGUCCAUCAUCAUCCCGCUGGCAUACGCUUUGAUUUUCCUGGUUGGCACUGUGGGCAACUCUCUGGUACUGGCGGUACUGCUUAGGAAUGGGCAAGUCAACAAUACCACCAACCUCUUCAUUCUCAAUCUGGGCGUGGCUGACCUGUGCUUUAUCGUCUUCUGCGUGCCCUUCCAGGCUACCAUCUACACCUUGGACGACUGGAUUUUUGGGCCCCUCCUGUGCAAAGCAGUGCACUUCUUCAUCUACUUGACUAUGUAUGCAAGCAGCUUCACCCUCACGACUGUAUCCCUCGACAGGUAUUUGGCCAUAAGGUACCCUUUGCAUUCAAGAGAACUAAGAACUCCCAGGAAUGCUCUUGCGGCCAUUUGUCUUAUCUGGGGUUUGUCGUUCGUCUUCUCUGGACCGUACAUCAGCUACUAUCAAGAGUUUCAGAUAGCCAAUGUCACGGUCUGCCACCCCAUCUGGAAAAUCCAACAGCGCAAAAUUAUGGAUCUCUGCACUUUUGUUUUCAGCUAUGUCAUUCCCGUGUUGAUCCUGAGCCUGACCUACAUGAGAACCAUCCGUUACCUCUGGACAUCGGUGGACCCCAUGAAAGAUAUGUCUGAUUCCAAGAAGGGCAAGCGUAAGGUCACCCGGAUGAUUAUUAUUGUGGCUGUGCUCUUCUGUCUUUGCUGGCUCCCUCAUCACCUGGUCAUCCUCUGUUUCUGGUUUGGCUAUUUUCCACUGAACAAUGCCACCUAUGUGCUUAGGAUCCUCUCUCACCUGAUCUCCUACGCCAACUCCUGCGUCAACCCCAUUGUCUACGCUCUGGUAUCCAAGCAUUUCCGUAAAGGGUUCAAGAAGAUCUUCAGUUGCCUCUUGCACAAAAGAGUGGUCAACAAGGUCCAUGUGGCCCAAGUGACCCACACGGUUAGUACCGUAGAAGCAGACCUGACAGAAGUGGUCCAUGUCAGUGAGCCCAUGCAAGCCAGGGCCUCCAGCUGCUGUCAGACCCCAAUCCAGACAUGGACAGAGGCCGAGCAGCUGAAUUGCCAAGAGAAGACUGCCAACUCUUUCAUUGCUUUCAACAUCACUUAGAACACUUCCUUUCCCCUCUGGGCAGGAGACCCUA